UCCAGUUGAUUUUGUUCACAAUCUUAUGCUUGCAUUGACAAUACAGGCACUCAUUGCUUUGAAGAAAGGUACUCCGUUAAUCAAGUACAGCCGGAAAGGGAAGCCCAAGUUCUGUCCAUUCAGAGUUUCUUCUGAUGAGACUUCAUUGAUAUGGUACUCCCGUGGAAGAGAACGUAAUUUGAGUUUAUCUGCUGUCAUCAAGAUUAUCCCUGGUCAAAGAACCGCCGUUUUUCGAAGGUAUUUGCGGCCUGAAAAGGAAUAUUUAUCAUUUUCACUCAUUUAUAACAACGGGGAAAGAUCACUUGAUCUGAUUUGCAAGGACAUCUCUGAAACAGAAGUGUGGCUUGCAGGCUUGAACGCUUUAACCUCUUCUGGUCAAACAACUCCGUUUAAACGUACAAGAAGUGAAAUCCCUGAUUUAAAACUCAGUAGUGAGCUAUCCCAAAGUAGUCGCCGUUUUGGUGCAACACUAAAGUUUACUAAUUCCAGUAUCUCCCGUGGAAGAUUGUCCACUGACUCAAGCACUUUCAAUUCUCCCAAAUCAGAUGUUGGGUAUGAAGGUGGAAAUAUGCAAGGAAGAGCAAGCACUGGAGAAGGUUUCCGAAUUAGUGUUUCAAGUAGUAAUCCUAGUUGGUCAAGUCAUGCUUCUGGACAGGACGAUAUCGAAUCGUUGGGUGAUCUUUACAUCUGGGGAGAUGUCUGGUUCGACACAACUGACGGAUCUGCACAAAAAGACGUGCUAACUCCUAAGCCAUUGGAGUCAAACGUUGUCCUAGAUGUUCACCAAAUCGCUUGUGGUAUCAGGCAUAUCGGUCUUGUCACAAGGCAAGGCGAGCUUUUCACUUGGGGAGAAGAAUCCGGAGGCAGGCUUGGUCAUGGGGUCGAAAAGGACGUCAACCGGCCUCAACUUGUCGAGUUCCUAGCGAUUGCGAAUGUUGAAUUCGCCGCAUGUGGCGAAUUCCAUACGUGUGCUAUAUCUGGAUUGGGUGAUUUGUAUUCAUGGGGUGACGGUUCACAUAACGUAGGACUUCUCGGUCAUGGUACCGAUGUUAGCCACUGGAUACCCAAAAGGAUUUCCGGUCCUUUAGAAGGACUUCAAGUUCUAUCGGUUGCAUGCGGUUCAUGGCACUCCGCUUUAAUAACUUCUAACGGCAAGCUGUUUACAUUCGGCGAUGGUACAUAUGCUGCCUUAGGACAUGGGGAUAGAGAAAGUGUGCCUUACCCGAAGGAAGUUAAUCUUCUAAGUGGGUUAAAGACGAUGAAGGUUGCAUGUGGCGUUUGGCAUACUGCAGCCAUCGUGGAAUUAAUGGGACAGCCGGGUUCGAAUGUUUUGUCUAGAAAGCUGUUCACUUGGGGUGAUGGCGAUAAAUACAGGCUGGGGCAUGGGAAUAAAGACAUGCAUUUAGUGCCGACUGUUGUUUCUGCACUCGUGGACUAUAACUUCCACCAGUUAGCUUGCGGGCAUUGUAUUACCACUGCACUUACCACAUCCGGUCAUGUGUUCACAGUCGGCAGCACUUCAUACGGUCAGCUGGGAAAUCCAACCUCCGACGGAAAACUACCUUGCUUGGUACAAGAUAAAUUGGUGGGGGAAUUUGUGGAAGAAAUAUCCUGCGGUGCGUAUCAUGUUGCUGUUUUGACUUCACGGAACGAAGUGUUUACAUGGGGGAGAGGAGAGAACGGAAGAUUGGGACAUGGGGAUACGGAAGAUCGAAAAUCUCCCACAUUAGUGGAAGCCUUAAAAGACAGGCAUGUGAAGAACAUAGCUUGCGGGUCGAACUACACAGCAAGCGUAUGCAUCCAUAAGUGGGUGUCUGGUGCCGAUCAGUCGGUUUGUAGCGGUUGUAGACAAGCAUUUGGUUUCACGAGAAAGAGACAUAACUGUUAUAACUGUGGACUAGCGCAUUGUCAUUCUUGCAGUUCAAAAAAAGCUCUGAAAGCUGCGUUGGCUCCCACUCCAGGAAAGCCACACCGAGUCUGCGACUCUUGCUAUAAUAAACUAAAAGCUGCUGAGUCUGGGAUUGGGAUUGGUACUAAUAACAAUAAUAAUAUAAACAAGAGAGCUCCAACUCCUCCUCGUUUAGAGGUGGGAAUGGGAGAUCCUCGAACCUCGAGGAUUUUGCUUUCUCCCAGAACAGAGCCUGUCAAGUAUAGACAGGUUAGAACUGGGAAUCAUGGGACAAUGAAUGAUUCUUAUUCAAUUGUGCGAACUUCCCAGGUUCCAUCAAAUGUUCAAUUGAAAGAUAUUGCGUUUCCAAGCUCACUGACCGCCCUGCAACAUGGUUGCAAUCCUAUUCUAACAUCCUCCUCAAAUUCCCAGCCACGAUCAUCACUAAACUCAAGGCCAUCUUCUGUAUAUGCAAGGAAACCAAGCCCUACACGCUCAACCACUCCGAUAUUCUCUAGGGGUGUUAUUGAUAGCCUAAAAAAGACAAAUGAAGUUCUGAACCAAGAAGUAACAAAGUUACAUAACCAGGUUUAUAUUUUCCCCUGCCCUGAUAUGAUAUUACUAGAUGCUUAUCUGUACAAAGGAUUAAAAAAGGAGGUUACAAAAAUGCAAAGAGAUGCUCAAGAGACAAAUAACUUGGCUUCCAAAGUGUCUUCCAAAUUCGUGGUUGCAAGGGACAUAAUUGCAUCUGUUGCAACCGAGGGUCAGAUUAGCUUCAUGAUGCUUUCGGGAUCUAGUUUAAUGAACACAUUAGACCAGUUGAAUUUUUUUCUACCAUUAUAUGUAUUUCAGUUCAAAGAAAUAAGAGAGAAGCUGCCUGAUGAGGUACUAAAUAGUGAAACAUUCAAGGAUAUGAAUGCUCAAAUUGAAGCAAUCCUGAACACAGAUGAGCCCAGAAUGAGUGACCAACAAAUUCACAAAGAUGGUGAUUCUGCCAAUAGGCAGAAUAAUGAAGGUAUAAGACACGAUGGAGAUGAUAGAGAGCAUGCAUCUCAAGAAAAUCAUGAGAAUUCAGGAAGUGGAGGGCUCAAAGAAGUAAUUGAACAAUUUGAACCUGGUGUUUAUGUAACUCUAUUGAAGCUUCAAAAUGGCACCAAGAUCUUCAAGCGAGUAAAAUUCAGCAAGAGAAGAUUUGCAGAACAGCAGGCAGAACAAUGGUGGAAAGAAAAUAAAGGGAGGCUGCUAAAAAGGUACAAUCCCACAUUACCCUAUACUUCUCCGAACGAAUCAUCCACAACCCAAACUAGCACAGAAGGAGAUAGUUCUGAGACAGCGCCAUCUUCCUAGUUUUAGGUCUAGAAUCGAUUGUUAAGAAUUUUUUUACUUUGA